AUGCUUGCCAAACUAUUGCGUGCACGACACAAGCCUCGUCAACAGACUGUAAUUCCGUUUGAAUUCGUACCAGUCCUCUUCGAAGAAACUCGCAUUGGAGAUAAUCGAAUGUUGGGAGGGAAGCUUGGUAAUUCUAUACAACAAAAGCUGGGUGUAGGGACUAUGGCCGAUUUGGCUGCAGUACCUUAUGAUCCCAUUGAAUGGCACUUUGGUGACCAAGCCCACUGGAUCAUUGGGUUGGCCAAGGGACUAGAUGAUACCUAUAAGUUAACUUUGGCUAUGAACAUGGAAGCACCCACUACGUCUACAGCCACUGGCUCGGCUAGCAACUCUCCAAACAGUUCGCCAUACAAAAAGAAGAACAAGAAAGAGGGGGAGCCUGAAGUCAAAGUGGAUGAGAAUGGAUGCGAGGUUUAUAAUCCAACAAAGUUCGAAUCAACAGAAGAUUCAAAUCACGCACCUGCAGUGCCCGCAGUAGAACUGAGCGACAUUAGAGUCAUAUCGCCAUCUGUUUAUGAAGAACUAUCGUCGAAUAUCAAAGCGCGGUAG